CAACCAAACACUCUCACGUGUCAUGGCAGAUACGGUAGAUGACCACAGAUUGAGCAUGACCCAGUGGCGCGAGUCCCAGCGCCUGUCGACGUCGUCGUCUUCGAGCUGCCUCGUCAAGCCGCGUCCGACGGAGGUGAAAGUUGCGAUCGUCCCGGCGCCUCAGGACAAGGUGGAAACCAAGCGAGAGUACAAGGGUCGCAUUCGGACUUGGCCUGGGCUUGUGCUCCUCGCCAUCUUUGUCACUGGUGCGAUCGUCCUGAUUGCUACAUCUGCGCAACGGGCGCAUCAAGCAUCCAAAGACCGCGCGCGGGUGGCCAACGAACUUCUCUUCCGCAACAGGUCGGGGACGUUACUCCCAAGCGACAUCUUGGACUCGGUCAUUGCCACUCCGGACGAUGACGGCCAAGUGGGCAACCCCAAGACGUACCCCGCUUCUCAAUGUGCGCAGUUGGACUACCAGAGCAAGAACGGCAAGAUCGUAGCGGUGAUGACCAACGGCACGGAAGUCGCGCUGUCGAUCAAAGGCGUGAAUUGGUUUGGCAUGGAAACAGGGCUAGCCGUGCCGUUUGGGCUGUGGGAAAACCAAAAGAACGGCACCACUGCCUUUGUGCUGGCGGCAUUCUUGGCCGCCAACAAGUUCAACGCGGUGCGGCUUCCCGUGUGCAUCCUUAGCAUCCUCCGCAACACCAAGCCCGAGAAAAGCCUCGUGAACGUCGAAUCGAACCGCGCGCUCGACUUGACCAACUACAUGACGACGUUGCAGUCGCUGAUCAAAGUGUUGGCGUAUCGGCGCAUCGGGGUGCUCAUUUCUCUGCACACGUUGACCCCGAUGCAGUCGGGGGGAAACUGGUACAGCGAUGCCCUGGGGGUGUCGAAACUCGACUUUCUCAAGGCCGUGGACAUACUGACCACAAACUUGUGCUCGAACGAGUACUGGAACGUCAUGGGGCUGGAUGCAAAGAACGAACCGUUUGAAGCGACGUGGGCCGAGUUUGCCGACGGCGCCGCGACCAUUGGCAACCGCAUGCUUCGUACGCCCCACGGAAUCCCUAUCCAUCUGCUUGUUUUGACGGUGUAUGUGUUAGAGGGGUGUCCGCAGUGGUCCAUUUACGUCGAAGGAGUGAACAAAGGCACCAAGAGCGUCACGAUCGAUGGCACCGCGUUCAGCUACUUUGACUGGUGGGGCGGCGGGCUACAAGGCGCCGGCGCCACCCCCGUGACCGUCACCACCAAGCACAAAGUCGUGUAUGCCCCGCAUUACUACAACACGGGUGUGUUCCCGCAGCCAUAUCUGUACGGCCCUGGCGGCGUCGGCGACGAGUUGGACGACAAGACGCUCAAGCGCCGCGUGGAAGGCACGUCCUUCGACAUGUUUGGGUACCUCAACCUCAAGCAGGCGGAUGCGGUCGUGCUUGGUGAGUUUGCCGGCCUAUACGCCACCGACGGCCACCCGCUCAAGACGACCAGGCGCGUCACGGACGCCCUCAUCGAGAUCAUGCUCCAGCAAAAGUGCGCGGGCGGAUUCAUGUGGUCGCUCAACCCCGAGAGUGCGUACCAGUACAACCCGGCACCGGGCCAUUACACGGAGGGACUGCUCCUGGACGACUGGCUCACCCCUAACGCCGUGUUCGUCAAAGGCAUGGCGGCCAUGGAUGCGUUCCCUGACCUGCGCAUGCUGCCGUGUGACCCCACCCCACCACGUCGUCCCCUUUAGGGAGUAGUUGGAUCGAGUCGACGGGAACCUUUUUCAAGCUUUAGUUUACGGCACCGAAGUCAAUACACAAUCCGAUCAACAAAUAGAGUAUAGAAGAAUGAAUGCUCAACCUUUUGGCUUCAUGCAGCACUUUUCAGAAUUGAAGUCCCAGUCCUGAGAGACGAGUAAGCUGCAUUCGACGACGAAGUCUCUUUCAAGUGCACCAUACCUUGGCCAUCUACCUU